CCCAAGCCUGACGCAGUUACUACGAAUGAAUUGCAGUGGAUAGACAUCGAUGGAUCUGUUAUUUGGGGAGCCCAGGGGAUGGCAAAGAAUGCCCAUAUCCCUGUUGAGGAUAUCGCCCUAAAGUUACAGGGAAAGUCAUUAGCACAUAUGUCACGUCUUGUUUUCGUGAUCCAAACCACUUUCGGGCAGGGGAACUUCAUCACCAUACACCAAAAUAUACUAGUCUUGUAAAAUAGCAGAGGCUUCGUUCGUGGAACAUUCCUCUCUUCCUAACACCAACCCUAACCUCGUCAAAGAAACUUUGCUUCGCGAUUGCUUGGAUCUAUUAAAUCUGCAGAGGCUCAGCGGUAAACGCAUAUCCAUGAGUCUGGCAGUUCCGGGCGCGAAGCUUUAUGUUAACGAAAUUAACCUAGCUGUUUCUAGGGCCACUUGCUCUUUGCGACCGGUGAAAAUGUCUGCAGCUCUGAAGAAAGAAAUUGAGACGGCUUUUUUCCCUGGCGGUCUGAAAAGCCCACACAUGUUCUCUGACUCAUCUCACUUUGUUUGGGGAGGUUCUCCAAGCCCAAAUGCUACCAGGCGUAUCUCAUCGAUGAUCAAUGACAUCAAUGAGUAAUCGAUGGGCAAUCAAUGAGUAAUCGGCUGAUUAGUCAUUGAUUAUUGCCGAUGAUCAAUGAAUAAUCGAUGACUAAUGGAAGACAUUAUAUUUUGUGGCCUACGUAUUGAUUACUCAUCGACGUCACUGAUUAUGCAUUGAUGUAUUGAUUACCUAUUCAAUUGAUUACUCAUUGAUUACCUAUUGAUUACUCAUCUAUUACGAAUUUCUUGCCAGCUUCUGCUAGUAAUAUGAAGAAAUACCCUGUAAAUGAAGUAAUAAAGCAGGCGAGAAUGACUCGAGAAUGACUCGUCUAAGAAGAAUCAUAAGCUAAUCCCCUUUUAGACAUAUGCAAACAAAGCGGUGCUCUCAACAGUACAUUUAAUUUUUGAUUGUACGUUUUCAUUAAUUUCGUAAUGAUAACAAACAGCUUAACGAUAACAACAUUGCUAUAAAGAUGCUUAGCAUUAUGCGUAUCAAGAAGCUAAUUGGCGUGAUAUUUCCUGCGGUAACUGUUUAUUUACAAAGACAAACUGCUUGAACUUUGGAAUACUUCUUUCGUAAGCAGCUGCAGUGCAUGGCAGCGUUGCAACUGGCACUCUCACUCUCAUGCAGCUAGGCCUACCAGAGUUAUGGUGAGUGGCAUUACAAAGAUGGACAAGUUCCGAUUUUUUGGCCUUUGAACUGAAGGCACUUCCUUAACAAGCUACCAAUCGCGCAGUUUGCGUAACACGUGCUUUAAAGGUCUCAGGGAAGAGCUUCCGAGAUCCUUAUUAAGCCGUAAGCAUAUGAAAAAUUGUCUGAAGAGGGCAGAGAGCCGUACAAGAAAAUAAAGAAGUGGCUGAAAGAUCCAAUAGCGGAUAUCAGAGGGAAGAUGCAAGGUACGAACAUUUUUAUCACUUUGCAAGAACUAUUUAUAAAUAGUAGUGCAAGUGAAUUUCCGGAUAUUCCAGUUCUCAAUGUCUUUCUCAUCCUGUGCGUUUACAUGGCAUAAGCAAUAAGAAAGUUGCAACAGAUUUCAUUUUCAGAUAUUUCUUUUCUAGUUUUAAUUAUUUUGAUCUAUUCGCUUAAUAUCUUGAUAAACAGGGAAGAGGAAAAGAGCUCAAAGGGGCGGCUCAAGCUGGAGAACAAAUUCUCCGAUCUACAAAGAAUGGCCCUUCAGGCCUUGUACAAAGAGUCCAAGUACACCUCACAAGGGGGACUUGAAGAAUUCUCCGAUCUUAACCAGCUGAGUACAAGCGUAGUCAAGGUCUGGUUUAACAACAGGCGCCAGAGAGAAGAUUCAGUCACUUUGACCGUAGCAGUUACUACCAAUGAUGAUGUUGUAGUUUAA